AUGAGUAUCUCUCUUGGAGCAUCUCUAUUCAGUAUCUCAGCCUGGGCGCUCAGUUGCACUGACCGUAGACAGCAGUUGGUUGCCAAUCUUGCCAACUUUGGCUACGAUCCCCUCAACUUCACUUGGUUGAAAGACGCCCAGGUUGUGCCUAUUUUCUUGGGCAUUCUUUCAACCCCAAAUGAGAGUUUAUUACUCAAACGGUUUGCUGCUGCUGGAAUCUGCAACUUGACUUUAGCACCUGGCAUUGUGCCUCAUCUAAUUGAGUGCGGAGCACCAGCGCUCCUGCUGCCCUGCCUGUCUUCCAGUGACACUCACACCGUCCUAUCUGCACUCACUGCACUCUUUUACUUUAGUCAGCUUGGUCAGCAUGCUGCUGUGAGUGUGGCCACCUCACUGGUUAUGCCACUCAAAGAAUCUCAAGAUAGUCGCAUCAGAAACUUGGCUGUUAUUCUCCUACAAGAAAUUGCAGCAUCCUCCUUCACUAGCACAUGAAC